UGGGCGUGAGCGAAGAUUUUAAUUUAAUUUGAAAAUGAGUAAGUGCAGGAAGCCACCACUGGGUUCAAGUCCUGAGACAUUCAGCCCAGAUGUUCUUGCUGACAUUUUUGAACUCUUUGCCAAGAACUUUUCUUAUGGCAAGCCACUUAAUAAUGAGUGGCAGUUACCAGAUCCCAGUGAGAUUUUCACUUGUGACCACACGGAAUUUAAUGCAUUGCUUGAUUUGAAGAACUCCCUAAAUGAAGUAAAAAACCUACUGAGUGAUAAGAAAUUGGAUGAGUGGCAUGAACACACUGCUUUCACUAAUAAAGCUGGAAAAAUAAUUUCUCAUGUGAAAAAAUCUGUGAAUGCUGAACUUUGUACUCAAGCAUGGUGUAAGUUUCAUGAAAUUUUGUGCAGCUUUCCACUUAUUCCACAGGAGGCUUUUCAGAAUGGAAAACUGAAUUCUCUACACCUUUGUGAAGCUCCUGGAGCUUUUAUAGCUAGUCUUAAUCACUACUUAAAAUCCCAUAGAUUCCCCUGUGAUUGGAGUUGGGUAGCUAAUACUUUGAAUCCAUACCACGAAGCAAAUGACAAUCUUAUGAUGAUUAUGGAUGACCGACUUAUUGCAAAUACCUUGCAUUGGUGGUACUUUGGUCCAGAUAAUACUGGUGAUAUCAUGACCUUGAAAUACCUGACUGGACUUCAGAAUUUUGUAAGUAACAUGGCUACCAUUCACUUGAUCACUGCAGAUGGGAGUUUUGAUUGCCAAGGAAACCCAGGUGAACAAGAAGCUUUAGUGUCUUCUUUGCAUUACUGUGAAGUUGUCACUGCUCUGAUGACUCUUGGAAAUGGUGGCUCUUUUGUUCUGAAGAUGUUUACUUUGUUUGAACAUUGUUCCAUAAACUUGAUGUACCUGCUAAACUGUUCCUUUGACCAAGUCCAUGUUUUUAAACCUGCUACUAGUAAGGCAGGGAACUCAGAAGUCUAUGUGGUUUGUCUCCACUAUAAGGGAAGAGAGGCAGUCCAUCCUCUGUUAUCUAAGAUGGUGCUGAAUUUUGGGACAGAAAUGACCCAGAAAGCUCUCUUUCCCCAUCAUGUGAUUCCCAAAUCUUUUCUUAAAAGGCAUGAAGAAUGUUGUAUGUUCUUUCAUAAAUACCAGCUAGAGACUAUUUCUGAGAACAUUCGUCUGUUUCAGUGCAUGGGAAAAGAGGAACAAACAAAGCUGAAUAAUUUAAGGGACUGUGCUGUUCAAUAUUUCAUGCAAAAGUUUCAGUUGAAGCCUCUUUCCAGAAAUCAUUGGCUAGUGAAAAAAUCUAAUAUUGGUUGUAGUACAAAUACAAAAUGGUUUGGGCAGAGGAACAGAUAUUUUAAAACCUAUAAUGAAAGGAAAAUGCUGGAAACCCUUUCAUGGAAAGAUAAGGUGGCCAAAGGAUACUUUAAUAGUUGGGUGGAAGAACAUGCUGUGUAUCAUUCUGGGCAAAGUUCUCUCUUAGAAGGGACAGCUUCCAAUCUUGAGUGUCACUUAUGGCAUAUUUUAGAGGGAAAAAAACUGCCAGAGGUAAAGUGUUCUCCUUUCUGUGAUGGUGAAAUUUUAAAGACUCUUAAUGAAGCAAUUGAAAAGUCAUUAGGAGGAGCCUUGAAUUUGGAUUCCAAGUUCUGGCCCAAACAGCAGUAUUACUGUUCUUGUCACAUUUUUACUGAAGAACUGAUAUUUUCUGAGUUGUUUAGCCUUACCAGGUGCCUUCAGGAUGAACAGGUGGUAGAACCCAGCAACCAAAUAAAGUGUCUGCUUGUGGGCUUUCCAACCCUCCGUGAUAUCAAAACGCAUAUACCACUGGAAGUCCUGGAAUCAACUGAACUCAUGACUUUCAGCUGUUCGUUGCUUCAUGAUGGAGACCCGAUUUACCAGCAACUGUUUCUGGACUGCCUUCUACAUUCAUUGCAGCAGCUUCAUACAGGAGACGUUAUGAUUUUGCCUGUGCUUUCUUGUUUUACAAGAUUUAUGGCUGGUUUGAUCUUUGUACUCCACAGCUGUUUUAGAUUCAUCACAUUUUCUUGUCCCACUUCUUCUGAGCCCCUGAAGACCUGUGCAGUCCUGCUGUGUGUUGGUUAUCAGGAUCUUCCAAAUCCGAUUUUCCAGUAUCUGCAGAAUGUGAAUGAAUUGUUGAGCUCUUUGCUUAAAUCCAACGCACCCCAGCAGGUUUUACAGUUUGUGCCAAUGGAGGUGCUCCUGAAGGGGGCACUACUUGAUUUUUUGUGGGAUUUGAAUGCUGCCAUUGCUAAAAGGCAUUUGCAUGUAAUUAUUCAAGGAGAGAGAGAAGAAAUCAUCAGCAGCCUUCAGCUAUGAUGUUGAACUUGCCCUUUCUGAGAUUUAACUUUAUGGCUUCUUACAGUUUCCAUUGUUAUUUCAGUCCUUUGCUAUUUAAAACCUUUCACUUGGGGGAAAGCCCAACUUUUGCAUCAUUGAAAGUCUCAUUAUUUCGGGAAAACCACCAGUUAGU